UUCAAACUUCUUGCCGCCACUGUGGCCGCCGCUCCCUCCAGCCCCAUGGCCGGUGGUACUGGUGCCGGUAACGGUGUUGGCAACAAGGGUAACAGCGAGAUCAAGUUCCCUGUCCCCGAUGACAUGACCGUCCAGCAGGCUCAGGCCAAGUGCGGUGAUCAGGCUCAGCUGUCUUGCUGCAACAAGGCCACCUACGCUGGUGACACCACCACCGUCGACAGUGGCAUUCUUAGCGGUGCUCUCAGCAACCUGAUCGGCGCUGGCUCUGGUGCCGAGGGCCUUGGUCUCUUCGACCAGUGCUCUAAGCUGCCCAUUGCCGCAGUCAUUGGUGUCCAGGACAUUCUCAACCAGCAGUGCAAGCAGAACAUUGCUUGCUGCCAGAACUCUCCUUCCGACGCUUCCGACGACCUGGUUGGCCUCGGCCUUCCUUGCAUUGCCCUUGGCUCCAUCCUCUAAACGUCUCGCCUUGUGUCAUGUGGUACUCGGAGAAAGAAGACUUGCUUUUGUUUUACACUUACCUUUCUGGCACUCGCCAACUCUUGUAGUUUGGCUUGUCCAGAUCG